UUCAUAGGCAGUGCCCGCUCGUCCUUUUGAUAAAGAUAAAAUGAAAGUGAAGAUGUUGGCAUGGCAAGUAAUGAAAGCUAGGUAACAGAGAUGAGCGAAAGUUUGAUUUUCUUGUUGAUAGAUUUGGAAAGCUAAGUCCUUUAGUAAUUUAAUGACCUCCACAGUAAGGGAGUAAGUUUUGAUUAAUGCAUUUUGGGAGGGCUGCAAAGCUGAAGUUUGCCUGAGUAAUAUUUCAUAAUUUAUUCCGUAUUGCAAAGAAAAAUACAUGUCAGUAUUAGAACUAGUUAAUGCUGCCAAGAAAAUGUGAUAACUUCAGAAGUGUCUCGGACAAUGGUGAUGUAUUUAUUUUAUUAAUAUCUUCCGUAUUAGCUGAUACUUUGAGAAGCAUUUUAACUUCGUGUCAGAGUUUUGUGAAUUACUACGAAUCGUGUUUAACAAAAUGUGGGCUAUAGUCCUGUUAACCUUAGUUUGUCAUGCAAAAUUUAUAAGGUUCUAAGAGCGUGCAAUAUAACAAAAAUAAAUUAAACAUUUUGUUAUUAACAGCAAAUUCUGACACGCCUUUAUUGAUUAUGAUGCUUAACUUAAGGGAUGAAUUGAAUUCAUGAGAAAAUAGAUGUUACACAGCAAUGUGAAGACCGAAUGCAAAAAUCAAUACAUGAAAUUGUAUCUAAAAACUAAUUAGUAACAAGCAUCCCUAUAACAUAAUUUGUCGUGGAGUUAAUAUAAUUUCGAUUAGUUUCAAUUACAUGGAGUGUUGUAGCACCCAUCUCUUAGCGCGUGGUUUUUCAGUUUCCAGACGUAAUAAUAUAAUUAUGAAAUACAAUAUAUUCAUAUAUAUGGCUACAUUCAAACAGUUUGCAUAAUACUCAUACCGACAGUUACUUAGCAGAUUGCGAAAUAGACUACCGUCUGAGGUGAUGUUCCCCCCCUAAUGAUAAUGAAUACACCAUUCAAUAAGCAAUUUAUUGGUUUACCAUCAUCAAUUAUUUUUAUCAUAUAUGUAAAAUUAUCGUACUCUAGGCCGUACCUCAUGUUACACUCAAAGAAAGAGGCCAGCAAACCACCCUCCAAGAUUGUGAUGUGCUCCGCAGAGUAACACAUGGCACACAGUAUGGAUGAACUGAUGUUGGAGCCUGAUCCUGAGAAACGUUCCUUACAUAACAACACUGGAGAGGAAGAUGCUUCCGAAUUGUUCACUUUCUCUGAAGUGAAGACUGGCUUAGCUGUAAUCAAAUUGGAGCCUGAGGGAGAGAGAGAUCCAGAGCUUGAUGGUACAAUAGAUCCAGAACCAGAUGAUGAGAUAGACCCACUGGCAUUAAAUUCUGAGGGAGGUGAACGUAUUGUUGAGCGAGAAGACCUGCUGUGUCCACUUGCUUUCCUGGCAGUGGAGAGCAAAGCUGUGGAUGGUAUGUGGGACAGUACGGCAGUCAGUAUGAAAGUGGAAGUGGAUGGUGAGACUCGUGAUGAAGAAUAUGAAGUUCAUCUAGAGGAGCUGAAUGGUGUUCGUAAAAUGACAUGGAAUGGUAUGGAGGUAAAGGAAAGGAGGGGAAGACCCAAGAACCAUGUUCAUGUGAGUGAAGAGGAGAAGCUGGCAAGGCAAAGGGAAAGAAACAGACUGUGUAAGAGAUGUAGUCGGGCAUCCAAAUCGCAAGAAGCAACUUCAAGAGAAAGGGAACGGAACAGGUUGUAUAUGAGAAAAUUCCGGGCGUCACUAAGAAAUGAACUUGAAAGAGAUCGGGACAAAGCACACAAACAUAUGGCCUUCAUGUUUGUAACACCUGAAUUGUCUGAACUAUGUGGGGAAGAUGACGUGGAAAUGUGGCAUGAGAGAAACAGGAAAGCUAGAAGGAAGCCUAUUAUAGCUCUGAUUCCUCAACAGCUUGAAUGGCAAAGGGAACAAAAGAGGAUAUACAUCAUGAAGUUUUGUGCAUCUCUUUCAGAUGAAGAACUUGAAAGGCGUCGUGAAAAGGAUAGAUUACUUAAGAGGAGAGCAAAAGAAAUCAUGAAGGAACGAAAGCAGGAUAUCACAUUCCAAGGAGGGUCUCAAGCUCAGCAUCACAUUCUGCAGAACAGAAACUUCUGGAAUUAUGCAGCAUUGGCGAAGGAACAAAAUUUGUUAAUCUGAAUAAUUUUUAAACAUCUAUCAUGUAUGAAAAUGUUAACAGUCUUCAUGAGAACCUGGAACUAAGUGUGGAGUCAGAAGAAGGAAAAAAUUGUUUUUAGAAGAACAGGUAUUUGAAAAUCUUUGCUGUUCUUCAGAUUACAUGCACUUGAAAGUGCUAGUAUUUGUUGAUGCUGUGGUUUUCCCUUCCUUGAAAUAUUGUCUCAUUUCUAUCAUGAAUGAUACACUGCUCAUUCUCACACAGUAAAUUCUUGGUUAUAUUUAUGGAAAGAAAGUCUUAAUUUUUUUAGUAAUAAUAGGAAAUUCAGAAAGAGGUGGAAUAUAUUUCAUUUAAAACAUUUUUAGUGAAGUUAAAAUUUUGUAAAUAUGGUUUAAAAGAAGGCAUGUCAGUGAUUUUGCUUAGUGUCCAUGGUACUGGAUGUAUUUUGAGAUGUAAAGGCAGCUGUAACUUGAAGGUUAACACACAUCUUGGGUCUUUAGUCUUUAAGAAUGCUGUACUUUCACCCCCUCACUAUGCCUUCCUGACGAUGUGCUUACAGAUUUUUACCUCUGUUUUACCUUAAGAGAACUCAGAAAAGUCAUUAACAUUAAUUCAUAUUUUUCUACAAAUUAGGCAGACCUAUUGCCAUCUUUAACAGACAUCUGGCACAAAUCAUUGUAGUUAAUGGAAGGUACAGAAAAUCCACAUAUGGACAGAUAUAGGAAGAUUGUAAAUUACUUGAAUUUUGACACCAACCAACUGUAUGCUUAUGUCUCUUUUGGUGUGACACCAUUUUAAUUCAUUAAAAAUGGAAUUCACUCUUUCUUGUGAUAGAUCUGUGUUAAAUGUUGGGAGAAAAUAAGUGCUUAUUGCCAGUGUUAUUGUGAAAUGAAUUUUCAAUGCUGAAGCGUAUCAUAUCCAUUUGAUCCCAUCAGGCGCUUGGCAUUAUUUAUCAAAGAGAAGCAGUAUAAGUUGUUUGUAGUAAAUAGAACCCUGAUUCUGCACUGACAGUUUGGUAGUCAGGGGAGAUAGAUAUAAUUUUUUAUAAUCUGAUUUUAAAUGGCUCAUACAAGAGGUACACUGAGAUAGACACCUCCAUCAGGCUGUUCAUUUGUCUUAAAACAUGUUUAACAGAGCCCAAAAAAUGGCUGUCUUCUGGAUUAUAUUGUCAUGGAGUUGUCUAGAAGCUUUCAGAGGUUCUUGCUGUCUCCGUCAUCUGCAACAUUGGCAGACUUUUACCAGACUACAUGGUGCUACAGCACAGAAGACAGUCAUCUUUGGACUCAUCAUCAUGAAAACUUCAAAUCAUGCUUAACAGAGGUAUAUUUACAAUAAACAAGUUAUAUAAGAUAUGCAGUGUGCAUGGUUUCAGUACUCCAAGAAUUAUCCAUACUUGGUAGACAGAAAAAUUCUAGUUCAGUCUGCUCAUGUUGAAUCCAGAGGUAAUAAAACCAUGUAUAAAGUGAAAGGAAUGUGUUGGUUGUUCUGUACUGAGUGUUGAAAUGGUGGUGGCUGGUGGAGACAUGUGUGACAUUAGGUAGUGCAGUGAAUGAGAAGGAACAGAGCUUCUCAUAUGGCCUCUAGCUAUGUGCUGCAUUCAUCGCUUCCAUUCCCAUUUGUAUUUAUUGCAAUUCAUACCUGUAAUUCUAAUAUUAUUAUAUAGCAAAUGGUCUUCCUUGAGCAGUUCAUAACUGUUCUUCUGGUCAAGAACAUCUCUACUGUUAUGUAGCAUAUAGUUUAUCACCAUCACAAAAAUCUGGUGUUUGGAUUGUUUUGUACUAUGAUAGAGUAAUGUUAUAAAGCUGUCCCACUAUACACCAUGUAGGCACUUUGAGGGAGAGAGUAUAGUUCCUCUUCAUUCUUGACCCCGGCACUGGAUGGGGUGAGUGGUCAGUAUCACGCCUCGGCCACACUUUACCCCUGGGAAAGGACCCCAGUACCGUUGGUUAGGAGGCUGGGUGGGCCCCAGAGCUGGUCUGGACACAGGCUAGAGGAAAAAUCCUCUGCCCCCAUCAGGGUUCAAACCCCGGUCGUAAAGUAUGUAGCGAGUUGCUAUACUGACUGAGCUAUUCCAGCUUCUAUGAUAGAGUACAAAACUUAAUUCUUCAACUGUCUACAGCGUGACUUUGGGAUGGGAGAAAUUUUGUAGUUGAAUUUAUAUUCUCUGGAUAUGGUACAGUGGUGGGCUUUUUGGUGAAGGUAAUGUACACUGGGAUUUCUUAAUAUCAACAUUUUUUGAUUAGUUGAAUAAGUUUCAACUGCUCAGGAAGUGGGUUAGUAAUGUGUAUGAAUUGUUUCACAUACGGAUGAAAUAACUUGGGUUACUUAGUGCCAAGGCAUCAUAAGGAUAAGUAAGCAAUGGAACAGGCACAUGACAUAAGGGCAGAGGUUGGUAAAGAACGCAGGCAGGAUGUACAUCUAUUAUACCUGAUACUGAAAAUGUCAGUAGACACAUUUUAUAUCUAACAUCUGCAAGGACAUGUUAUACAGUCUUGUUACACAUUAUAUGGAAACAGAUAUUAAUUAAAUUUGUUCACAUGCUUGUUAUUAUUCCUCUUGCAAUACAGGACAGCUUCCUAUGUAGAUAUGAAUCUGGUUCCACUUUGACAGAUGUCACAUUCCAUAUGUGUAAUGGGAACAAAUAUUAUUUUGCAAAAUAAAGUGAUUUUAUUAUACUUUUACAAGUUCUCUGAAGGUGUUUGUUGGUUAUGUUAACAGCAUGAUAGAUGUAUGGUGUAUGUAAAAAAGUUAUGUGUUUAAUAAUGUAUUUUCUUGAUUCUAAGACACUGAUUUUUCACAGUUUAAGAUUUCAGAAAUUGGGGUGUGUCUUGCAUUUGAUGGCAUCUAAGCAUUUAUAUAGCAUCUUUAUUCCUGAAAUCUUAUUAUUGAAUCAAGGGUAUAUCUUACAACUGAUGGCAUCUUAAAAUUGAGUGAAUGCUGUAUUUACUUACAACCAUUGGAUGUCAGAAAGUUAUAUGUAUGUAUGUAUAUAUGUGUGUGUGUGUGUAUGUUGUAUUUAUUUGAAUGUAAGUUAACUAUAAUGUAAGAGAACUAUGAGAUGUUUGUUAUAAAAGAAACUAUAAAUAUGAA